AUGGACAAAGUUAUAUCUUCUACACAGGUUGCUUAUGUCCUUAAAAGAUGCAUAAAUGAUAACAUCAUCAUUGCGCAUGAGUUAGUCCAUUCAAUGAAGAAAUCAAGAUCUAAGAAAGGAUGUAUAGCUCUUAAAUUAGAUAUGUCAAAGGCAUUCGAUCGACUGGAAUGGUCUUUUCUAGAUCAUAUGCUUCAAUCUUUAGGCUUUUGCACAAAGUGGCGAGAACUGAUUCACCAAUGCAUAUCAACAGUUCAAAUUUCUAUAAAGUUGAAUGGUAGCUCUUGUGAUCAGUAUCAUCCCUCACGGGGUCUUCGACAAAGGGAUCCAUUAUCCCCAUAUUUGUUUAUUAUAGCCAUUGAGUAUUUGUCAAGAAGUCUCUUCCUAGCUGAGAAGAAUAACUUAAUUAAGGGUAUUAAGAUGGCAAAAGAUGCUCCUCCAGUUAAUCAUCAAUUAUUUGCAAAUGAUUGUUUGCUCUACUUCCAAGCUGAUCAAAGAAGUAUUUAUUCCGUUCUUGAUAUAUUAAGCAAUUUUGGAGCUAUAUCGGGUCAGAUGAUUAAUUUUUCUGAAUCAACAACAUUCAUUACAGGAGAUCUUUCACAACAGCAAAAACUGGAAAUAAUCAACAAACUAGGAGUCAAACAACUAUGCAAAUCUGAUAAGUAUUUGGGUCUGCCGUUUCUGCUUGGUAAAUCUAAAACAUCUUCUUUUGAAUCAAUUAGUGAUGCUUUUAAAAACAAACUGAGUGGAUGGAAUUCUAAGCUCUUAAACCAACCAGCUAGAACUACCAUGUUAUCCUCCUCCUUUUCUUCUCCGGUCGGAAUCUCCGAAGAAAAACCAGAGAAGUUUCCUUCUGGGUUUGUUGGUGAUGAAUUUAUUCAAGAAAAGAACAGGAAUUUUGAUGAAUUUGGAGAUUACAGAGAUGAUAGGAGAAAGUUUUUGAAAUCCACGGUACCAAUUCCAGUGCAAAACCUGAUGGGUUCAGUUCCUCCUGGUGGUGGUGGUGAUGCUGCUACUGAUUCAUUUUCGAGGAAUUUCAUGCAGAAUAAUGCCGUGUUACAAUCACAACUAGGUACCAUUGGAGGUAGGGCCGAGCUUGCACCCAUCCCUCCCAAGGUGGAAAUUUCCUGGGGUCAACGAACUGUAGAAAAUCCCUGUGCAUAUCAGUACAUCCCAUACAAUGACAUUUCUGUUUCAGGAAAUGCGACACCAAAUUUGAAGCGGAAGGCCGAGGUUUCCACAAAUUCAUGCGAUCCUGCACAAAUGGAAAGCUUAUUUGGUCAAUUUCCAAGUGGUCCAUCUAAAGAUUCAGGUAGCAACUAUCAAGUCCUUCAAAGUGGGUUUGAUCCUGUUCAAGCACUUCCCCAGAAUCCCUAUUUUCCAAUAACCGCAAGGAGUCAGCCUGUGAAUUACUCCCCAAUCCCACCUGUCAAUCUUGAACCAACUGAAAAACAAGAAAUGGAUUUCUUCGCAAAAUCUUGGAGUCAGUGGAGCGAAAAUUCUGUAGGUGGUAGUGAUGCUUCCUUGCCAGUGAAUAACAGGAAGGUGGUUCGCCCAAGAUUCUCAAGCAGCAUGAGUAUGGCUGUAAUUUCAGAUGAGAACAGAAAUGCCAACUCAGAACCUUCUGCCAAGAAUGGAUACCCACUCUUUCCAGAACACAAUGCAUUAGAAGCCUUUCCUGCGUUUGAUCAUCCUUCAUCAAGUUCACAUAGACCUGAAGCUGAAGAGGAGACAGCACGCAAGGGUUUUGUGUUGCUUGUGCAGAAGGAGUUGCGGAAUACUGAUGUUGGCAACCUGGGUAGAAUUGUCAUUCCAAAAAAAGACGCAGAGGCGAACCUACCUCCAUUAGAGGCAAAAGAUGGAAUUAUCCUACAAAUGGAAGACAUGAACUACUCAGUUGAGUGGAAAUUUAAGUAUAGGUACUGGCCAAACAACAAAAGUAGGAUGUAUGUUAUGGAAAAUACAGGGGAUUUUGUAAAGAUGCAUAACCUCCAAGCAGGGGAUUUUUUCAUUGUUUAUAGAGAAGAGAAUUCUGGAAAAUUUAUUGUUCGUGGGAAAAAAGGAACUAGACCAGUUUAUGCAGGGGAUACAGUGGAGAUGAGGAGUACAGCGGAGAUGAGGAACCAUGGAAGGGUAGUGGAAGAAAGAGAAUUAGCAACUGCACAUGGACAGCUAAACGUUGAACAAAGAUAUGCCCCAGCAGGUGACUUCUUUUUUGAUUUAAAUGCUGGACAAGACAUGAUUGCACCGGGGAUACCAUUUGAGUUUCAUGAAAACACUGGCGGACUUCCUAAAUCUCACUUCCUUCCAGGGCCUUUGCUCAAUUUACAUCAAGAUGAUGUUUCGUGAAUCUACCACCUUAAUGAUAGGACGAGGCUUUAUCAACCCUUAGGAGAAUCACAGCACUGCUCUUGACUGUAUUAACAACCCCUGUGGUCAUCUUACAUAUACCUGAACAAAUCACACCUGCUGCUGCAUGCAUGCAUGCAUAUAUCUUUCUUUUGACAUCCAUCAAUUUUCUUUGUAGUUUUUUUUUUCCCUGUCCAUAGACAAUACAGAGCAUUUUUGUUUCCCAAGCAAAUUGAGGUCUUAAUUUUGUUU